UUGGUUACUUUUUAUUGCGUCAAUCAAAUUCACUAUACAAGGUCUACCAAUUAAUUGUUAUGUUGCCUUAUUAAUCACAAUUAGUGUGCUUGAUAAUAUCGUUAAAAGUUCGUAACAAUUGUUUCGAUCCAUCGAACUCAUUAUUACACAUCAACAUUGAUAUUUACCACAUAUGUUGAUGUUACUUUGAUAAGCCGGUCUUUUUGUUUACAAAAUUUGUAUUGUAGUUAGUCCACAAUACUAAUCAUAUGUCGAUUUUUUAUUGUAUCUUCGUGUAUUUUCUGAUUGAAGAUUAGUGGUUAUUGGUGUAAUUUCUCUACUUUAUUGUUUUGUUCACCAAAAUCUGCCCAACAUGAAAACACUCAGACCAUACCUGCUGAUGUUUACAUUUCUUGGUACAACAACUGGUUUGGCAGUUAGUUUGUCACCUAAACUCUUCAUCCAUUUUCUAUCCAUUGGAAUAUUUUCUCUAGCUGGCUUCCAUGUAACAAUGUCUACAAUCCCUAAUUUAAAGGCAAAGUUCGUUAAGGCCAAAGUUACAGGAGUCGAUAUGUGUAAACAAAACGCUGAACCGAUACCUGAAGCCAUGGGAGUUAUAGCUGGCUCUGUUUUUCUGAUAACCAUGUCACUCUUUAUACCUAUUCCUUUCCUACAAUUUGACAAAAGUUACCUGAUAACGGAAAAUUUCAUCAGUGACUCGUUGAAACUCAAUGUACCCAUAAUUAAUUUAAAAGCAAGAGUUUUUGAUGAUCUUCAAUUCGAAUCGUUGAUUGCGGCCCUUCUUUCUAUUUGCUGUAUGGUUCUUUUAGGCUUUGUUGAUGACAUACUCGACCUCCGAUGGCUUCACAAAUUAACUUUACCAACAAUUGCUUCCUUUCCACUGUUAACUGUCUAUGCUGUUACUUAUAACUGUACUUGGGUUUUACUACCUAAACCAUUUUCUUUCGCUCUAAACCUCGGCAUAUUUUAUUACGUUUACAUGGCAAUGAUGGCUGUCUUUUGUACCAAUGCGAUAAACAUUCUUGCUGGUAUCAACGGAUUAGAAGUUGGACAAAGUUUAAUCAUUUCACUUUCUGUGCUAAUUUUCAAUCUGAUUGAGAUAACGAGUACUUCAUGGAAAGUCCACCUCUUCUCGAUUACUUUCAUCUUACCUUUUAUUUGCGUCUCUUCGGCCUUACUUUGGUACAAUUGGUAUCCAGCUGAAAUUUUCGUCGGUGACACAUAUUGCUAUUUUGCCGGUAUGACUUUUGCUGUUGUCGGAAUUUUGGGACAUUUUAGCAAAACAAUGCUUUUAUUCUUUAUACCACAAAUAUUUAAUUUUCUGUUUAGCUGUCCUCAAUUAUUCCACUUCGUCCCGUGUCCAAGACAUCGAUUGCCUAAAUACAACCCAAAGACAAACUUGAUGAACAACAGUCAUUUCGAGUAUAACCCCAAGCAGUUGGGUAUAAUUGGCUAUUUGUGUUUGAAAUUUGCCCGUUUAUUCCGCUUAUGUCAUGAGCAAACCAUUUCACCAAACAAAGUUAUCUGUACCAAUUUCACUCUGAUUAACCUAGUCAUCUUAUGGUUUGGUCCAAAGAGAGAAGAUGCAGUUGUCAGAAUUUUACUUUUUAUUCAGAUAGCUUGUUCCGCUAUUGCCUUUUUCUUAAGAUACUAUAUUGUUCAAUUUAUAUAUUAAUUUGUAAAAAUGAACAAAUAUUGAAUCAAUCUCUAGUCUAACUGGGUGUAAAUUGCUACUAUAAUACUUUUUGUACCAAUUUCUUAUCAACAUUUAUUGAUAAAUAAGUCGGGCAAUGCAAGAAAAAGUUAUAAAUUAUUUUUAAAUUUAUUUAAUUAAA